CACCGACCUCGUCCACUCACCGGCACGUCAAAAAUGGCUGAUGAAAAAAAUUCGGCAACGUCCAAGAAACUGAUAAAUAAUCCUCUGAAUACAGUAGAUGAAGCUUUAGAAGGGAUUGUGUUGGCAAACCCCGGCCUUAAACUUCUUAAGAAUCACCACGUUAUCGUUCGAGAAGAUGUUGACGAGCUUCGAAAGUCUGGUAAAGUGGCGCUCAUUUCUGGAGGUGGCAGCGGCCAUGAGCCUUCGCACGCUGGGUUUAUUGGAAAAGGAAUGCUUACAGCUGCAGUCGCUGGCGCCGUAUUCACUUCUCCUCCAACGAAAUCGAUACUUGCUGCCAUUAGAGCCGUAGGCAAAGGGAACAAAGGUGGAACGGUUUUGAUUGUGAAGAAUUACACUGGAGACCGAUUAAGUUUCGGUUUUGCUGCAGAGAGGGCGAAAGCAGAGGGAAUGAAGGUUGAAAUGGUAGUGGUCGGAGAAGACUGUGCGCUCACCAGCAAGGAUAAAACGGCAGGAAGAAGGGGUCUUUGUGGAACCGUGCUAAUUCACAAGGUAUUGUGGAAUCCCAACUGGAGCCGGGGGAGCGAGUGGGGCGGGGUGGGUACUGGCGCGUGCCGCUUUAGUCACAAGAUUAGACUUGGGAAAAUCAUAGCUCAGUCUACAGUUUUAUUUGCCUGAAAGUAUCAUUUGACUACAUCUGACAAAAUGUUUCAGGGUGAUUUAUUUUCUUGCUGAAAUAAUUACCAAAUUAUGCAUCAGUCAAUUCCACCUGUGCCCAGGCCCCCCCCGGGCAACUGCGGGGCAUUUGCCCGCCUUGUCAGUCCCGGGUGUGGGGCAUUUGCAAAUUUUGCACUGCCCGGGGGCCGGGCAUUUGUCAACCCCCGGGCCAUUCCUGAGCUUUUGACACGCACGUGGUUUCCUAUAUGAGAAUAUAACUACAAAGAAGGUUUUAAUUGCAAAAAUGCAGAUUGGCUCAUUUGUCAAUGACAGGAAUAAAUAAUAUUGUAGAGGGUUGUAAAGGCAUGUUCUCGAUUUUACAUUUAUAUACGCAUUUCUUCAUUGCUUUUCAAGUCAGAAUUACGUAGCGAAAUUGGAGCUAUCAAUGUGAAUCAACGUUUUUUGGUUAUUGAAUCUUGUUUCUGAUGAUAUUAUUUGAAUAACAUCCUUUCAUAUUUAUAAAACUAUUCAUAACAUAUAACUUUACAGCGCUCUAUUAAUUUUAAUGUCAAUAAUUUUAUAUCAAUACUAAAACCAUAAACUGGUGCAUGUCGUCGCGGCGUGAAGUCUUAAUAAUUAAGAAUCCUUGUGCUAUUACAAAGAAAGGCGUUAAUUGAAACAAAAAAUCGCACAUUAAAAUGCUUAAAAUGGCACUACUUGACUGCGUGAUCACAAUGAAAAAUGUUGCAGUGUUGACGGAGGACGGGCCAUUGGCCCUCUUUUUUCGUCCCCACCCCAGGGGAUUUGACAGCUCAAGAGUCCCCACCCCCGGGAAUUUGCCAUCCAAGGCAAAAAAAAUGCUAAUGCCCAGGGGUCAGCCCGGGGGGGGGUGGCUGGGUGCAGGUGGAAUUGAGUUUGACUGAUGCAUUACCAAAUUUGACUACUGGAAGGACAGAGGGACAGGAGCUGAGGUGAUUGGGCAAAGCGGAAAAUACCAUACUAUUCUUCAAAUUUCCGUUUGGGUGGUGCUUCAUGUAAACCCGACUUCUCAAAUAUCUCUUGGUCUCUGCAUGAUUUACACGUGCAAUGCAUCAGCUCCUCAUAAUUUUGCAUACAUUGCACACAUACAAUUCAUGCAAAACAAACAAACAAAAAAACUGCAGAAAUAAAGUUUUCAUGAAGAACCACCCAAAUGGCAGUCUAAAGAAUAUUAUGGUAUUUUCUGCUCUGGCCAAUUGGGUGAAAGGAUACAGGAGAUAGGAGAGGAGAAGUUCAUUCAUUAAAAAACAAACAAGAAACAAAAACAAAAAACAAGAAGAAUGGUAGUUAGUGAGAGACAAAGGUAUGUAACACUGAAGGGUAUGGUACGGGAGGUGAGAGGCUCUAAUCCUCCCACCCUCACCCCCCCCCCCCUCUCCCCUUAAGUGAAUAGGACGGCAAACUCAUAGAGUUAACAUCCCAAUUAAUAACUUUAUGCAACUAACAUGAGAAAAUGAUAAACAAGCCCAUUACAUAUUUCUAUAGUAGCUGCAUAUAGCAGGGAUUUAAAAAAAUGUGAAUUCCAGCUUGUCGGCUGGACAAACCAUUCCCAUAUUUUGCUUGCCUGAGUUAAUUGAAUGCAUGCCUUCUUUAAUGGUUUAGUUAUACAUGUAAGAUUGUUUGCUUGAUUCUUAACCAUAAAGCAAUUGUGUGUGAAAAGGUACUAGCCUGGCAGGAAAAUAUGGUAGUGCUACAGCUACUGGACAGCACUCUUUUCAACCUCUAUAGUAGUAGUUAUGCCUGGAAAUGGCCUUUGCCAAAUAUUAUGAAUUAUACAUCCAGCCAUUAUGUGUUGGGUAUUUGUUAAGUUGUGAAUUGCCAUGGAUGAGAGUUCAGAAUAGUGUUAAGUGAAAGUCCCGCUGAAUGGUAACCUACACUCUUGCAGAUUGCAGGCGCUUUGGCAGAGGAGGGGAAAUCCCUAGAGGAAAUAACUCGGGUAGCAAAAGCAGCUGCUAAUGCUAUGGGUAUGUAAAAUGCAAAUCUAUACCAUUUAAGUUUAAUUUUUUUAGUAAAUAUAUAGCAGAGAUAUGACUUGAUUUACUCUAAGUGUUACCGUAUUACUGGAAGCAAUAAAGUUGGCAUUAAUAUUGACCCAAGAUUAUUAUUACUUUUUUUCCUUUCGCCAUUACUAGGAACUAUUGGCGUCAGCUUGGCUCCUUGCAGCUUACCAGGAUCUGGACCAUCCUUUCAUUUAGGCAGUGAUGAAAUGGAACUAGGCCUGGGUGAGGACUUUGCAGCUUCACAUAUGGACAUUAUUUUGUUAUAAUAUUAUUAUUUUACCUGAACAAAAAACCCUCAAAAUGAGAAUUUCCUGCUGACCAUGCAACAACCAACUGAGGAGAAUGGGCUGCCUCAAUUUCUUCUGACAUCCUCAGUGGUUAGACAUUCUAGUCUUCUUGGAUGAAGGUGUAACACAGAUGCUGGUCUUACAGCUCUUUCACUGAUUCUAUUGUAAUGUAAAACUGUAUUUGUAUCUAUUGUAAUGUACUUUUUUUGUAGGAAUACAUGGAGAACCUGGUGUGAAGAGAGUCAAGGUAAAGAAUGCAAAAAUAAUGAGCUUCUGUUAUUCUGUCACAUUUGCGUGUAAUUUUACCAGGACUGAACCUCUGUGAAAUGACCACAUGUACCCUCAUAGUAUGACAAAUAAAGCUUGAUAACAGAGGAUGAUGAUGAUUUAGUUUUUUGUCACCUGGGACUCUCAUUUGAGAGUCCCAGGUGUAACCAGUGAAGAUUUGGUUAGUGCCCAAGAAACAAAGAAUGGUCCCUAAAAAGGUUUAAUGAUGCUAGAGAUGUUUAUUCUGUCACAUUUAAUGUCUGAGACGUUAAAGUCGUGUUUGUAAAAACGAGAGGACUGAACCUUAUUUAAAAAUGAUUUUUCUGAAAACAGGACUAGGCUCCCUCAGGAGACACUAGACACAGUUGCCUGCGCCAAAAAUGAACUUCUUUAUAACAAAGGUUAGUGUUGAUGUCCGUCUUGAUUUACUGACUUUAAUGUUGAGACGUUCACCUGGGACUCUUAUUUGAAGAGUUAAAGUCGUAAUAAAGUUGUUCGCCUUUAACCAUUUGUUUUACUACCAGACGUUAAAUGUCUUAAGACGACUUUGGUCUCAAAUGACUUUAAAGGUUUGACUUUAUUAGUUUAAAAGGCACAUUAUGUUCAGCAAUUGUUGAUUUAUCGUCUUAUAUUUUAGGUUGAGAAAGCUGAUGUUGUUGUGAAAACAAUGAUUGAUCACAUGACAGACAUUCAAAGUGGUGCAACAUAUAAACUGAGCCUUCAACAAGGUCAGGAGUUCACUGUCUUGUUUCAUUUUUAUUUUACUCUGAGAGAUAUUUUCAAUCUUAUUAUUACUGUUUCUCUUUGGUCAAUUUGACAUCAAUUUUGCAGAUAAUUUUUUUAUCUCAGGUAAUUUUUGUUUUUCUUUUGUGUUUGGGUAUGGCAAUGUAUGCUAAUGAAGUUGAAACAAGGAAAAUUAAUAAAAAUUACCUGAGAUGAAAAAUCAACUACAACAUCAACAUUAAUUUUUAUAUUGUUGUGAAAAUUUUAGAAAACUGCAGAUCUUUCCUCAGCAUAAUCUUCACUCCAAGAUCACAAGACUGCUCAGAGGGCUUUGAUGCAAUUUUUCACUCUUUAUGAUGUUGAUGGCUAGGCAGGCUUCCUCUUAACUCCUACCUAAGAUCCUCUCUUUGUCAUUCUGCACCACCUGAGACCCUGCGAAAUCCUGAGGAUUAAUUCUGACUUGCAAUAAGGCCUAAACAGCUGCAAGUAGAACAUAUAGAGAAAUUGUGACAGAAGACAUUCUUUUUCUAUUACUAUUACCUUCCAAAAGCAACGAAUUGAAAAAAAUCUUUUUAAAGAAAAGUUGUAAAAAUCCAAGGGAUUGACAUGGGCACCCUCUCUGGAAAGGCCUCCUGUUUUGUUUGGGCUUGCCUGUGUCUCUCCUACCAUUUGGAAGGGGAAAUGCCUUCUCUUGUCUUUUAUUACUCGGUUACAUUCGCAAAACGUUUCUUGUCCACUUGCAUCUUCUCCUCUUUACUUCCAAACAGACUUGCUGAAACUCUUGUAUAUACUUUUAUUUGUAAUCAAUAUUAUACUAGUAUUUAUUUAUUUUUGUCUUACAGAGGAAUUCAUAAAGGUGCACAUGUAAUAGGCAACUCUGUCUCCUACUUUGUUUCUCCUAAAAAAAUUUUUCAGGAUCUGUAGAAACGCAAACCAGGGAGGCCAACCUGUAAAAAAGGAGACAUCCAAGUCCUCUUGGUCAGCAAUCGCCUUUGAACUAAAAUAAAGGCACUUAACCCUCUCCUAGAUUAAAUACUAAUUGGGAGUUCAAGUGGCCAAUGCAGAUUUGAAACUACCGUAACACAUGUAUUUAAUUGCCUCCUUAGAAAUGAGAAGGAAAUUAUAUAUUGGAGCCGAAAUGCGUCCCGCUAUUGUACGAUUCUGGGAUCAUUACUGGAGACAUGCUGGUCAGCUAUUGGCCAAUUUUUUCCCCUGUUCCUAGUACCGGUAACAUUCCCAGAAGUCUUUGCCAAAGUUAACUCGGCCCAGCUCCCUUCUCGUUUUUAAACUGGCGAAUGUCUGUAAAACUUAACAUGUGUGUUGGGCUCACUCACAUUGACAGGUGACAGUGUAGCACUGGUUGUCAAUAAUCUUGGUGGAACAUCGGUUCUUGAACUCAACAUUGUAACAAGGGCAGCAAUUAAUUACCUUAGUAAGUCUCUUUCCUUUCACAAUCUUGGAUUACACAGUAGUGAGGAAAUAUGGUAUGAUUUGAAUUCCUAAUGUUUUUUUGUUUUUAUUUAUGUGUUCAGCUAAAGAAAAGGGUGUCAAAGUUGAUAGAGUUUAUGUGGGAAGUUUUAUGUCAUCACUAGAGAUGGCUGGAGUGUCAAUCACUUUACUUCAACUUGAUGAGACAAGAACACACUGCUUAGGUGAGGCUUCAAUGUAUGGUAUGAUGAAAUCCUGUGGCAGGUGUCACCAACAGAAGGCUACUUAUGAACUGACAAAUAGCCAUUUCAAGUGGGGGGAUGCUGGGGGGUGGGGGUUUGGGUAGAGGUGUGCGGUUCUGAUCCUGUUUAACCCUUUAGGUCCUAAGAGUGACCAACAUCAAUGUUCUCCUAACAUCAUCAGCAGACCAUCAAGAGUAAAAGUUAUGAGAAUUACUAAAUUCAUUACCAAAGAGAGAACGCUUUGAUCUUAAACCAAAUUCUCUCAACUAUUUGUAAAAGAAAUGUAUGGAGAUCAGUCUGGAGACUUUGUAUGUGGAUCUUGGGACUUAAAGGGUUAAAACUAAAAUCGUGUAUUUUACCACCCUGUUUAAUACAAAUGACCUUAUUUUAUCACCAUGAUUCAUUUUGUUUCGUAUUAAUAGAGAAUUAAGUAAUUUUUUAAAGUGACAUCAUGGAAUCAGAUUAGAAAAUUGUUUAAAAAAUUCUUGGUAGCACAAAUGUAGACCUUUCAAAGCCAACCGUCCCACUCUAUAUAAACCCUCCGCUUCUAAAAGACACCCUGUUUAGGACACUUAUAGUGAAAAUUUAUACUCGGUUUAAGACUCUUGCUUGCACCACAGAUGAAAACUGAACCUUUAGUUAAGACGUCUGUGAGACAGCGCCGAAAUCCUUGUUCUGGGCCCCCUCCUCUGUAUCAGAAUUCGAGUACACUGUGCCAUAAGUGGCCUGUUUAAAAAGCCAUUGUGAAUUUACCAAUCAGGAUGAAAGGAAUAUCGAAAUGCACUUCCGGUAAUUCGUUGAUUCCGUUGGGGGCCUAGAACAAGGAUAUCAGCAGGGUUUCGCAAAUGUUACUUACCGAGGUAAGUUAAGUCUGCGACGCAGGCUAUAAGACACAAGCCCCUGAAAGCCAUUCCCAGGGCAGCACAGUCCAGGUAAGGGAAUACCCCCUGGGCAACCUUAAGAGGUGUCUGAGGUCUCUGAGAAAGACAACAAAUGGCAGUCUCUUUUGAGAACAGCUAUGGGUUAUCUGUACAGUCUCUUUAUUUUGUAUUAAGUUAUGUCUGAAUAUUAUUUUAACAGUACAGUCACACCUCCACUUACGGCCACCACUUCACAACGGCCACUUUUUUUGCUGGACAGUACAUACAUUGACUCUUGUUUAUAGCUCACCACAAAGGCCACCUCUCUACAGCGGCCACUUUCGUCUGUCCCCAAGGUGGCCAUUGUAGAGAGGUUCAGCCGUAAACAUAUAUGGAAAGAGGUCCAUUAUUCCCUUAACAGAUCAAAGUACAAAUGCCCCAGCAUGGCCACGUGUAUCUGUUUCACCAACGUUAGGCCACAUGCGAACUGACAAACAACCACUGGAGGUAUCUGAGGACACGGAGAAGGAAAAGCGAACAAUCUCUUCCGAGAAGCUGACAGCCUUGGGUAACUUGUACAGUCUUACGCUGUAAUAGUCGGUUAUUUUCUUUGUAACUUACAAAGAAAAUGAUUUAUCACAUAAACACCAAUGAAAUACCAGGUGAGCUUUCGCGCGAAAACAUGAUAUCUUCACAUGUGAAAAUAACAUGUUGCCUUCACACAUGAAAAGAUCUCCUUUUCUAUGACUACUUAAUACAUCGCGCCUUUCACAACAAAAAAUUAUUAAAGUGAAAAGGUUUGGUAUUUCAUUGAUGUUUAUCUAAUCAAUAGAACUGCGCUAAGGAGUGAAAUAUUUUUCAAAACGAGAAAAGGAAAUUCGUUUCUCCACGCGGUUUGGUAUUUCAUCGAUGUGUAUCAGAUCUAAUAAAUAGAACUGCGCGAACGAGUGAAACAUUUUGCAAAACGAGAGGAGAAUUUUCGUAUCUCCACGCGGCCAUGUAAUAUCCUCCAUAUAACACAUUUGUGAUAACUUGAUUCGUUUUGUGUUUAUUGCAGGUGAAAAGGUUUAUUCAGUCAUCUGCCACGUUAGUGAUGCACUCUUGGUUAGCAAAGCUAAGCUAAAUGAGCUGGAUAAUCAAACUGGUGAUGGAGACUGUGGCAGCACGUUUUCAUGUGGAGCAACAGGUGUGCAAAUAUACUGCAACUAGAGAAAUAAUAUUUUUUUUAAUUCACUGACAUGCACAGUCGGUUGUUCUCGCUACAGGAGCUGAACCUUUGACCUUCUGGGUACUAGAACAUAUGCUCUACCACUGACAUGCACAGUCGGUUGUUCUCGUUACAGGAGCUGAACCUUUGACCUUCUGGGUACUAGAACAUAUGCUCUACCACUGAGCUACAGGACACUAGUUGGAACCGCGGACUGUUUCCAUUUGUCUGAACUGACCGGCCAGACCAUUCCCGUCGUAAUGAGAAUUUCACUAUUACAUGUAAUCAAAACUACCCAGCCAGAUCAGUCAAAUCCUAAAUAGUAUGCACGGAGGAGAUGGUUUUUCAGCCAAAAUCCUUCGGAAAAAGCGGAUUUCAUUUGCUUAUUGACUGGUCCGGCAAUGGUUCGGCCGACCAGUUCUGACAAAUGGAAAGCGUCCUAAGGCCAUGAAACUAGAUUCAUGUUAGCCUCAGUAAACAGCCGACAUUUUGCGACGCCGCCAUUGGUUUCCACGCAAAAUGACGUUUGAGGAAUGAGCUCAGAAAUUCCAUACUGAUGAUGAAGUACUGCCCAGAUUUGCUUCUGAUUGGUUGAAGUAAAUCUUCCUCGCGAUACGACCAAUCAAAAGCACUACUUAGAUCUGGGUAGUGACGCGUCAUCAGUAUGGAAUUUCUGCGCACCAGUGGUGGCGUCGCUAAAUAUCGGCUUUCUCAGGUUAGAUUCUUGUGACAAACAUCCUGCAUAAUACAAGGGGAGGUUUAUUGUCAGUAGGUGGUGUAUUCGCAUUGAUAUCAAUGUGAUAGUGACUCUUACGAUUUCAUGUUGCCAAUAGUUAUAUGUAAUUAAUAGGCGAGAAUUGAACAGCUAGAAUUGAACGUAAACGGCAUUUUCGGGCACCAUAAACACGGUCCCCAGAGUGGAUUUUUUUUAAACGCGGGCUUAACGUUUUCUUAUGGACGGACUUCUUGCCUAGUCUCUAGGCCUCAUUAUUCCACGGCCUAUGGGUCUCGGGUCACCUGUUCCGAGCGAGUUUUUUUCGUCUCGGAUACGUCACCGAAAUGCAUUGACCGAGAAGGCCUGAAAAGACGUGGUUCAGGGACCAGACAGUAGGGAUUUUAAGAUUUCGCUAUGGAGAGGUGUUACUACGGCGACGUGAGGUGAAAAUCACUUCCGGUGGCGUCACCACCCGACUUGCGAUGCGGCUUUUUCGCCGGCCGUAGCCUUGUUUUUUGGCAGGUGAAACACGAGCCGGACAAAGCGUCUGCUUACCCAUGCUAGAGCGGGGUCGGUGCAUAACGCUGCAUAUACAGCUAUUUCAGGAAAGGUUGUGGGAAAAAGUGCACGCGAGUAUCCUGAAAGGUAUUGUGGGUUGUUAAGAGUUCACUGCUUUUCAAAGAAGUUUGAAAGAAUGGCACGAGAGGCCAUGGACGUAUGUUUGCGAGUGCUUAAGGAAAGCAGCAAAAGUAGAUUCGACAGCUACAGUGUCAGAAACAGUGUACUGAUCAUAUCCCAUAUUACGUUUUGGGAUUGUCGCGUGCACAUUUUUUCCGACAAUGUUUCUCGAUAGUUUUGUAUUAUUUACCUUUUCCGCUGAAGUGAUAAUCUGUCCUACUAAUCAGUAUUAGUAACGUAAAGCAUAUCCCCAUUGUUGUACACUGUGUUACAUUGGAUUCAAUCGUUUGAGUGUUAGGCCACGUGCACACGAAUCCUGAUACCCUGAAACUGCACACUUGAUAUUUGUGUCAACACCAAGUCGAUGUGGUGUGAUCCGGUUUAAAUUCACCCAUCUAUACGAAUACGCUACUGCGAUUUACAUUUGCUAAUUACUAGCUAAUAGGCAUACGCAAACCGAUCCCGUGAUGUGAUUUGGCGGUAUUUUUAAAUGUUGGUUGUAGCUUUAUCGUGCGCAAUGGCCAGACCUGCCUGUACGUUGUCGCACCAUGCACUUGAACCCAAAAAUCGUCUUUGAGAGAAAUUAACUUCAACUCAUGCAAUAAGACUGGUGACGAGAGCCAGCAAAGUUGCAAACAGAACAUUGUUGUCCGCCAUUUUGAACUUGAAAGUCUUCAUUUAAGACUGGACCCGAGUAUAUGAUGUAGUUGACUUUAAAAAUGUCCGGUUUCAGUCGUCCACGCGAAUUCAGCAAACCCGUCGGACUAAAAAAAAUCCACUCUGGAGACCCGUUUCAAAAAUAUGCGGUUUCGGUGUGCGGAUUCACAGGUUUCAUGUGGACAAGAGCGUGCAGUUUCAAAAGUAUCCGGACUGGUGUGGACGGGGCCUUACUUAGAACCUGAGUUAUUGCAAUGCAUUAUUUGCAGCUUUGAAGCAAGCCUUGGGAUCUCCCGACACGCCAGGUUUACCGUGUAACAAUCCUGAAGAGUUAUUGUUAUCGCUGGGCGAUUUAUGCGAAGACUACAUGGGUGGAAGCUCGGGGGUGGUGAGUCAGUAUUAGAGUGCUCUAGAUUUGAGGACGAGAACUAGUACGAGUACGAGAUUUAACUAAAUGUUUUUGCGCUUGUUCUAAAAAAAAGCCACCCCGGAGAGCUUCAUUGUACUUGGUUCACCAAAAAAGUUCGUACGGUUAUUAGUACUGAAGGAGGUUAAGCCCUCUCCCGAUAGCGAAAUGAUAAAACUUCAUACAUUUGAUAACUUGUUCCCGCGACUACGACAUUCUCGCUAAAACUCCUUUUAGAAUGACGACGGCUAUCACAUUUUCCCGCCAAAAUGACGCUGGUUCACGCGUGAGUAGUACUCAGUAUUGAGAAAAUCUCGUACCUGUAGUCGUCCUCGUCUCAGAAUCUAAAGCUCUCUAUUGUUGAGUUAUUCCUACCAACACGGGGUACUAUCACUCGUUGCAAUGGUGGAACACAGAGGGAAACGUCCAUUCUAAUCCUUGGGAUAUGUGAAUUCACCAAAGUUAUUUUUAGACCAAUUAAACGCUUCGCUUAAAUUAAUCGGAAGUUGGUUUCCGGACAGGUCCACGAACUUUUGUUCAGCUUUGUCAAGAGAGAUUCAACAGAUGCCAUUGCAUUGUUUUGCAUCGAGGACCUGAUUUCUGGACUUGAUUUAAAUGUGCGGACGUCUCAGGAAUUAGACUUCCGUUUAAUUACAACUUCUAAAAAUAACUUAAGUGAAAUUCACAUAUCCCGGCCAACGCCCUAAGAUUCCCUCUCUGUCCCAUUAUACUCUCUUGCUGGUGGACUCGUCGUCGCGAGAUCGACCUUUCUCCUUGUUUCGCCUAAAUGGAUUUGAAUUACAUCAUAAAUUCCAGCGUGUUCGAUAGCCCGGGGCUAGUGAAUUUUGCAAUCGGGCUAGUGAAUCCUGUUCGGGCAAGUGAAGUUUUUCGUGAAAUUCAAAUUAUAGAAGAAUUGUAAUCAAUGCUGCUCAUCAAAAAUUUUUUGGGGCUUUUUAAAAGACUCUUGGGCAAGUGCAUAUUAGCAACAACUUGCCCGAAUGGCAAGCCGUAAAACCUACUUUCUUUGCACCCUGAAUUCACACAAGAAAAAUGAUUGACAUAUGCUUGAGUUGCUCUAAUUAUCAGACACAUGUUGUUGUCGACAACAACAACAACAAAUACGGCGACUUUCUAGAGCUUCUCAGGUUAUGUCAUGUUUAAAAUGUGUCUUGAGGUCAACGCAGUGAAUUUUACGCCAAACAGGUGUGAAAAGUCCUUUUAAAUGGUCCAACGAUCCAGGAAAAAAAUGACGGGGAAAGUCUAAUUGAAAUCAUAGGUUAAACAGCGUAAUAAACUCACUUGAGUGCUUGGAUCAAUACGAGCAUUAUAUUUGUUUCUUUUAACAUUCCAAGUGCAUUUAUCACACUGGCAACCAAUCAGGAACCUCAGUCUUCAGUUAAGUUCUGCGAGUUCACCAUAAUAGUAAACAGUUGAGUACUAAUACAUCCAUUACUUGAGAACAGUUGUAUAGAGACAUGGUGCGUCCCUUUGACUGCCCUCAGUUAUUCUGCAUUUGAUUUGUUUGUUUCCGCAGUUGUACAGCCUCGCUCUCAUAUCAGGUGCAGUACCCCUCAGGAACAAAUCAACUCCGCAGGCCUGGUCUCAAGCUUUGAAUGUUGGUGUUCAGGCUAUGAUGAGGUAUGAAAACUGGCAAAAGGGCAGAGGAACUGGCCCUCCUCCUUUCUCUGUUGUGGCAUCUAUCGGUUAUAUUUCCUUCAUACCGGUAAUUUUUUUAACCUUGCGCUGUUAUGCUAUGAAGCGUGGGUAUAAACUGCGGUAGGCCCAGCCCAGCGCUUGACUGCAGAGCUAGAGAUCGCGGAUUCAAUCACUGGGACCGGACCUAUUUCCCUGCCAGCUGAGUUCUCUCACGACAAAAGAAAAAUGAUGGGAAAGAAAGAGACCUCUGCCGCAACCUCGUCCUCAGGGCGCUCCAAAGCCAGGGAAAAGCGCCCUCGGGACGAGGUUGACCUCUGCCGGUCUCGACGUGUACUUUCAUGUAGCCGCCGACCACAUUUGUAGCCGAUACUGACUGGUUUUCACAACAGGUUUCGUUUUCUGUGGAAUGUGAGUGCCCUGUUGAGACUGCACGCUGGAAAUUUCUGAGCCCACAGUUGUUAUCGCGUAAACCGGUUCUGUAGGCUGUGUCGCAAGGUUAUUGGUUGUUAAGGGAACGCCAGAUAGGAAACGCAUCCGAUCGGAGACCGGCAGAGGUCUCUCUCUCUUUCCUCUCCUUCUUUUCUUGCCGUGAGAGACCUGUCCUAGCAGGGAACAGACCAAUAUCCAGGGUCUUAAAAUGAAUGAGAAAUGAAGGUACUGCCUUUACCCUGCAAACGGAUAAGCCUUCGCAUCGUUUGGAUGCGCACAUAAAUUUGCGGUCCCGUCUCUAGCAGGAGACAAAAAUUAGCCUCUUCAAUUAGUACUUUGGGGCUAAAUGCCGUAAAAUUCCGAAAAUAAGCCCCUCCAAAUACAAGCCCCCCAAACUCGUAACGCCAAAAACCCUCCGUUAAAUCGCCCCUCCAAAUAUAAGCCCCCCCGGGGGCUUGUACUUGGAAAUUGCCCUCAAAUACAAAGUAAAACAAAGCAAAAACGGUAAAUUUCCUUUCAACGAUAAGGCUAGCCCAAUCUAUUUUAAAGCGCAAAUUUCCCUCCGUAGAUAAGCCCCUCCGAAUAAAAGCCCCUCCAAAAAUAAGCCCCUCGAAAAGGGCCUUUGCAAAAUAUAAGCCCCGGGGCUUAUUUUCGGAAUUGUGUUGUAUAUUGACACGACUCGAACAUAGUGCGUUUCGUCUGUGCACAGGAAGUAUUGAAAGGCGUUGCUACAGUCGUCACACUUGUGAUUGCAAUGACCAAAAUUCAUAUUGUGCAUUGAGUUUAGUGGAUAUUUUUUAUGAGUUGACCUACUGUUAUUGUUAUUUUUGUUGUUAUUAUUAUUAUUAUUAUCAAUAUUAUUAUUUAAUAUAAUUAAAUUUAUAGCUGAAUCUUUCUAGGUAUGGCGGAGCUGUCCCAGGAGAUCGUACAAUGGUAUGUCAGUGAUCUACCUAUUUUGUUUCAGUAGACAACUUAAGUUUGGUUAUAUAAAACUCGACAUCCAAGCGUAUUUUUGAAAUAUUAUUAAAUAUUAUUAUUAUGAACCAAAUUAAUGUUGGCGCCGAUUGAAUGCACCUAUAGCGCUGCUCGUUAACUCGCGUGGUUAUUUGAGCUAAGUUCUUUAAGAAAAUGAGAUUGUCAAUCCCAGAAAAGAAAGCGCUCUUUCGAUCAGAAUUGAAAAAAUAAACUUCUUCUUUUCUUUUCAGCUUGAUGCUUUGUACCCCGCAGGAUCAACUCUAACCGCCGAACUUGCUUCAGGCGUGGAUCCUGUAGAAGCGAUGAGAAAAGCGGUUGAGGUAUGUGAACUGUUUGUAGAAAACGCCGUCGCGCCCUGCGCGAUAUGUUUAACUUAGUUGGAAUUCGCCGUUGUUCGUGGCUCGAAGUUGGAUCUCAGAGCGGGGUCUGAUCUCGGUUUGGCCACACAUUUUCCUAUAUAACUAUCUAUCUGGCCGAAUUUUUGAGGAUGAAAUAGGAAGCGUAAAGAAAAAAGCAAUGUUUGCGAUCUUAGUUUUCACAUUGGCUACUUCGGAGAUAGUUUUGAAAGAAAAAAAACUGCUAGACGUCAAGAGCCCAUAACCCUGGGCCUGAGAGGUCUAUUUUGGUAGUCACUUAUAACCGGGUUGGUAUUGUCAGAGAAAAUAGAAGUGAUUUGGACCUUUAGUUUCAAAAUAAGAGCGAAAAUGGAGGUAGAAAACAUAUGUAUUGCGUUUCCCGCAAACAAGUUUUGGGUCGGUUGUUUUGUCGGGCCAUUUCGGCUUGAUCAAAAAGGCUUUUUAUCUAUCUUUCAAGAUUUUAAACCCACAAUGAACUCGGCGCUUUCCCACGCCGAUAGAAUAAAGACUAGUUUCAGUUCGUUGUACUUGUCGGGUUUACAUGCGCAUUUACACCUUUCUUUUCCAUCCGGCGGCCGAAGUAAUACUGAAUAUGUUUUGCUAUACUCAGUUAAGAAUAAAAGAGGUCAAUAAAACAAUGACAAAUAAGAAAAGAAAAAGAAAGAAAGAUAGAUAUAGGAGUCUUCCGAGACAGUAUAUUCGCGGCUGGUCACCCAUCCAGUUCAUAGCCCUGCUCGCCGGGAGCUUACUCGGGUACAGUGGCGGUACUCACAAACAGAUUCGCGAGCUUUUGCGAGAGACUUAUUUCUUGCAACUUAUUAGACCGAGGAAAGCGUGGUUGCUUCUACUCUUCUAGUUGUUUGAUAACUGAGUUCAGGAAUAAGCCACGUGCAGAAGUUUUGACAUUCAUAAAUACACACAGAAGCUUGGGGGAAAAGCGCGGGUAAGGUAGGGGCACAAGUUAAAAGAAAAUAUCAGGGGCGGAUCUUCAAUUUGUUGAUUUUAUUGAAGAAGAAGUGUGUAGGGUAAGAAGGGGAAGGUGUAACUAGGUACACGGACAUUUAAAGACCCUUUCCCACCUGCACCAGAAUAAGGCGCGAUAAGUCAGCCAAGCUUUCCUUAAGGUGGCUCGACCCGGUUUUUCAGUGACAAUACCUACUCUCUACUCUCUUAGAAAUCGAGUGAAACGAUUUCUUUUUUUCAAGAACAACUGAAAACUCUAAAAACAAUAUAAGGCCAAGGGUUACUUCCUAGGGACAGGAUAGACGUGUGUUUUUUGAACGCGAAAAGCGUUGUUUAUGAUUCGUUUCUUUGUAGCAGUAAAAUUUCAAAUAGAGAAAACGCUUCCAUUAAAAUUGAUUUAAAAAGAUACAGAGCAAGACAGUUAUAUGAAAUAUAAACGCUAUAAGCAGCUUCAAAAACGAAUUUCUAGAUUUCCUACAGGUUGAAGGAACGUAAAAAGGCAAUGGAUUACCGUGUUGCCAUUUAUACGUCGAUCUCGAAAAAGAGCCGGACACUUUUUGAAACUUUAAUCCACACCCUAUUGCAAUUCGAUUUCCUGCUUUGUUUGAGGUACCUUUGCUCCAAGAGAGAGGGUCUUGUCACCGCAAAACCGGGUCGAGCCACCUUAAAACCUUGCUCACUUGUUAACUGAAGCUUUAGAAACAGCGUUUGACAUGACCGGGAAACCCGCUCCCUUCCUUAGAUUACUAGCUGUAUCCUUCCCCUGAAUGCAAUGACAAAUGACAGCCUGACCGUCAUGAAAACCCUACUUCUGUGUUAAUUUCUGCUAACGAAAACCAAAUUGAGAAAAGCGUUCCUAACACUACGAGCGUGGUGGAAGGAAAAAUUCUUAGUCCCCGGCAAGAUUGCCACAAUUCCAAUUGGAUGUUUUAUCUUCUAAGCACUGGGGGAACUUAGUUUUGGCUCAGAGUGUUUAAAAAACCCAUAACUGAUCUUGUAAUCCACUCUUAAUAUUCCAGGCCGCUGAACUUGGAGCCCAGUCCACCGCCACCAUGACAGCCCGAGCAGGUCGUUCAAGCUAUGUUAGUGAGGAGCAUUUGAAAUGCCCGGAUCCUGGGGCUCUUGCAGCAGCGAUAUGGUUGAGAGCGGCGUAUAGUGCCUUGAGUAAAUAACAUGGUUAUACAGUAGGUG